AUGUGGCAUAUGAUAGGGAGACAUGGUGCACAUGCGACGGAUGGGAUGAUGGAGAAAGACUCUGCGGGACGCUUCAGAGGUGGUGGGAUUAGAUUGGACCGCUUGAUUCCUUCGUUAAUUUUUGUGGAUGCUGAUAUAAUGAAAUCUUCAACAGAAGAUCACAUGGAUAUGAUGAGAAUGAUGAUGCAAAUGGAAAAGGUUCCCUUUCAAUUCUCCGAGCCUUCUUUCCAGAGCUUUUCCACGACGUUUCCAGCUGAAAAUCACUUCUUUAAUACGACAUUGAUGACCUCGCCCUCCACGUUAUCAUUUAUUGGCAACGCCCCAUCUCAAGAACCCGAUCAUAUGGCCUCAAGCAACGAGUUCAACGAUUCAGUCGAUAAGGUAAACUCCAUGGAAGAAACUAGGGAGAUGAUCUUUCGUAUAGCAGCGAUGCAGCCGAUUCGUAUAGACCCGGAAUCCGUCAAGCCUCCGAAGAGAAGGAACGUUAAGAUCUCUAAAGAUCCUCAGAGUGUGGUCACUAGGCAUAGAAGAGAAAGGAUCAGGGAGCGGAUAAGGAUACUGCAAAGACUUGUUCCAGGAGGCACUAAGAUGGACUCUGCAUCGAUGUUAGACGAAGCUAUUCAUUAUGUCAAAUUCUUGCAAAGACAGGUGCAAUCUUCGGGACAAGCUGGCGUUAACAGACCAAUGGACAUUGUUGGAUUUCAAAGUGCAGCAAUGGCUAAUGUGGGCUUAGAUAAGAGAUGCAUGUUUUAG